GAAUUCUUAAAAAGUAAAUUAUUUUCUUCGACAUUUUACUAUUUGUAAUUUCAAAAUAUAACUGCAGAAUUAUAAAGAAUUUAAUAGAAAAUGGCUUACAAUUUUCCGGGUGUACCAGCAGCUGCUAUGCCACCAAUGGGUAUAGGACCAAUGGGACCCCUUGCUCCAAUCGCAGGUCCACAAAGUUUUAUGGAUUUAGCAAGCCAAGGAUUUCCUCCUUUACCUCCACCAAUACCACUGCCUGGAAUGAAUGAUUCUCCUUUAGAAUUUAGUACAAAUAAAAAUCAACCCCCAGUAGUUAGAGAAGCUCCAGAAGAUAAUAGUGAUAAAAGAAAUGAAAAAAGUGAUAUUCGACGAGAAAGAGAAAACAGAGAUAAUAGAGACACUAGAGAUAAUAGAAGAUCUAGGAGUGAUCGAAGUGAUCGGAGAGAGCGAGAUAGAGAAAGAAGAGAAGAAAGAAGUGAAAGAGAUCGAAGAGAAGAACGAAGGCCAGAUGAUCGAAAUAGUAUAAAUUCUAGUAAUAGCAAUAAUAGUCAUAAUAAUAAUUCAAAUAAUAAUGAAAUUCCAUCUUCAUCAAAUACUGGUAACACUCCAAAUUUGGGAACACAAAUGGAACAAGCAACUGGAGUUUGGGGAAUGGGAGUAGGAUAUCCAGUAAUGGGAAUGGGUCCAAUGGGUCCAAUGGGACCUAUGAUGAGUGAAAUGACACUUGGUCCACAUAUGGGACAUACUCAUAGUUAUGGCCCCAUGAGUAUGGGAAUGAUGUCACAUGAUGGUAGUAUGAUAGGUGCACAAAUAUUAGGACCAGAACAAAUAAUGAAUGAUGCUGCCCAAAUUAUGAGCAGUGCCUUACCUCCUCCACCAACAUCACAAGGUACCAAAGAAAUUAUACAUUGCAAAAGUUGUACGUUGUUCCCACCAAAUCCAAAUGCUCCACCUCCAACAACUCGAGAAAGACCUCCAGGAUGCAGAACAAUUUUUGUUGGAGGUUUACCUGAAAAUAUCACAGAAACGAUAAUUCAAGAAAUAUUCGAACGUUGUGGAGAAAUAACUACCUUGCGACUCUCUAAAAAAAACUUUUGUCAUAUACGUUUCGUACUUGAAAGUAGUGUUGAUGCAGCAAUUUAUUUAUCUGGAUAUAGAGUUAGAAUAGGAUCCAGUGGUGAUCCUGCAAAUACAGGCAGGCUACAUGUAGAUUUUGCUCAGGCUAGAGAUGACCAAUAUGAAUGGGAAUGUAGACAACGUCAAUUACAGAGAGAACAACGCCAUAGAGAAAGAGUUGAAAAGGAAAGACAAAGGGCACCAUCCAGUCCUCCUCCAGUAGUACAUUAUACAGAUCAUGAAGCAUCAAAUAUUUGUGAGAAAAUUAAGCAAGACGAUACAUUCAUGAAAGCAGUGCAAAAAACGCGUUCUGUUACGUUACAAAACAAGCGCAUUAAAUCAUUCCAGGUUGUCGUAACAUGGCUCGAGCGUGGAGACUGUACCAAACGCAAUGCUAACACUUUUUAUUCGAUGAUUCAAUCAACGAAUUCUCAUGUUCGAAGGCUACUUACAGAAAAGGUCGCUUACGAAGAGGAACUCCAAAAAGCAAAGGAAUUAAUGAAGGGCAGGAUGCAGGGACUCUUAAUACAAUUCAGUCAGAUUGAACGCGUCUUUACUGCGGCCAGCCACAAGAAGGUCUGGGAUCACUUCACAAAGGCUCAACGGAAGAACAUCGAAAUGUGGAAGAAACAAUCUUCGGAAAUUAAAGCAGUACAGUUAGAAGAAUCUUUAAUGGAAGGUGAAGGAGAAAUGGAAGUUUCUGAUUCAGAAGAGGAACCGCAACGCAAAAAAGCACGCAAUCAAUCAGAUUCACAUGAUGAUAUUGAAAGAUUACAAACAUUGAAAGAGGAAAAUGAUAGUCUUCGAUGUCAGUUAGAGGCAUAUAAAAAUGAAGUGGACUUGUUAAAAUCAGAGACAAAAAGUGAAAUAGAUGCAAAGGAUAAACAAAUGAAAAUGUUGCAACAAACUUUAAAAGGUAUGCAAGAACAAUUGAUGCAAUCGAGAAAACAGCAAGCGCAAGAUGACGAAAAAAUCAAAGAUUUAACUGUAAAAUUAAAUGCUACAAAGAAAGAAGAACCUCGAGAAAGCGAAAUAAUAACAUUAGAUAAAGAUGACGAUGUUAACGAAGAACCUCGAACUCCAAAACAAUUAGUUUUAACAUCUAGUUUCGUACAAAUUUCUCAAAAAGAUGCCAAGUUAAUAGGAUUAAUAGCAACAUUUCUACAUAUUCAUCCAUUUGGCGCAAGUGUAGAUUAUUUAUGGUCUUAUUUACAAAAAAUGGAACCAGGUAUUAAACCAAAUGAAGUAGAAGCAUUAAUGCAACGAUUUCCUCAAGUCUUCAAACAAGAUUUAUUUGGAAUUGGAGCAAACAUGGAAAGACGUUGGCAAUUUUCAGGUUUUAAUGUAUAUCGUAAUCACUGAUUCAUGUACUGAUAAUUAAUUUUAGAAAAAAGUUAAAAAAAUAUCUAUUAAAGAAUUUUUUAAUAUCAUCAUGUUAUGGUAUCUUAUGCCAUAUAGAUUUUUAUUGUGAUAUUUAUAAUUCUUGUAGUGAAUCUUUAUUUCAUAAUAUCAUUAAACAAAAUACUUGUAAAUAAAUUUGAACGAUUUCAAAAAUUCUGGAAAAAUAUAAGUGUAUUUUUGUUUGAAAAGUUAAAAAGAAAUAUAUAUUGGAUUUCUUAUAAAAAAAUAAAUAAAAAUGAAUCAUCAUGAUGAUGAUUCAGUGAAUAUUAUUAAUUUAAAAUAAAAUUGAAAUAAAUUUUAUCCUGAAUGUAUGAAAUUUUAAUUUAAUUAUAAUAGAAAAAACAUUAUUAAAAAUUAAUUGUUGAUAAAUAAUUUUUUUUGUAACUUUUAUCCUUUUUUUUAUAAUUUUUCUUUAUUUUAAUGAAAAUUGUCUAUAGUAUUUGAAUUUUAAUUUUCAAUUAAAUUUUUUCAAAUAUGAUAGUUAACAUUUUAAAAGUUAAUUUUAAAAUUUAAAAUUUUAAAAUUUAUUUCUCAUUAAUUUUAAAAUUUAUUUCUCAUAUCAUAAAAUAACAUUUGAAUUUUAAUUUGAAUUAUUAAAGUUUUUUUUAAUUUAAUAGUUCAAAAAUUAUUUGCAUAUAAAUUUUUACAUUUUUAGGGAUUUUUGAUUUACUUAUGACAGUAUGUUAAAUUUUUACCCAAUUUUUUAAUCUGUUUAGAAAAUAGAAAUAUCAAUGAACAUCAAUUAAAACACAUUUAUAAUAAUUGUGACGAUAAAUUGUGAUGUUAUAGUUCAAAAUUAUGAAUUCAAUAAAUUAUUAUAAUGUGCUUGGUUGUACUAAAGAAUCAACAGCUGAAGAUAUAAAACGUGCAUAUCAUGCAUUAGCUCUGAAAUUUCAUCCAGAUAAAAAUACAUCAGAAUUUGAUGGUAUGAAGUUUCAGCUUGUUUUAAAAGCAUGGCAUGUUUUACGUGACCCUAAAUUAAAAGAAGAAUAUGAUGCCAUACAAAAACAAGAAGAAUUAGAUUCUGAAAGUAUUUUGACAUAUGCAAAAAUAUCAGUGAGUGAAUUAGAAACAACAAAUGAUAAUGAAAAUAUAUUAAUUUAUCGAUGUAGAUGCGGAGGAUUAUAUUGCAUUCAAAAGGAAUAUAUUCAGGAAAAAAAUCAAUCAGUACAUGUACCUUGUUUGGAAUGUACAUUUUCUAUUAUUGUUGAAACAUGAUAUUUAUAUGAAGAAUACAAAAACACGAGGUAAAAAUAAAACAAGAUUUAAAAUGCAGCAACAUUUUCUAUUUCUUAUAAAAAAUGAUACAACAGAUAACACAUCAUUACAAAUAUAAACUAUUGAGCAAUAUACAAAUAAAAACACGAUUCUUAAAAUAUCCUAGGUUCAAUAAUAAAAAUUGCAUUUACACGAAUCGUGUUUUGCAUUGGCAAUUGAAGAUUACAAGAUUUAUUGUCAAUUAGAAUUAAUUGUAUAGCUUACAUAAUUUCUAUAAUGAGAAAGGGAUAUAUAAAAAACUAAUUUAUUAUAAAAAUCUAUAGAUUUGCAACUUAUUUCAAUUUUGUUGAUAUUUAUAACUUUGGACAAAUUUAUAACUUAUUUAUAUUUAUUCUUAAAUAACUGAUUUUAUAUUGUUUAACUGAUUCGUGCAUAUUGCACAGGAUAGAUUUGCAACUCUUAUUAUUGCACCAUGGCAAAACCAGACUUGUUACUAAUGUCAAAAAAUCAAUAUAUUUUAUUUAAAUAUAGACAAUCCAAUUAAAUUA